AUGGAUUCUCAAACCCAAACCCACGGAGAUCAAGACCAACAAAACCCCUCUGGCUACGAACCUACCUGGCCUAAGGACCUGGGCAUAUCCCCCAUGCCGGCAGCCUCAAUCUUCCAGUUCAUCACCCGCUUCUUCCAAGUAUCUGACAACCCGGAUCUGACCGAGGAAUGGCUCAGCUUUUUCGGGGAGGAAGCCAAGAUCGUGAUGGGCGAGAAGGUUGCUGAGGGGAAGGAUGAGCUUCGUGUCCUAAGAAAGGGAAUGUGGGAAAAGGUCAAGACGAGGAAGCAUACAGUUCAGAAGGGGUUUCCGGGUAUGUUCCCUCUUACUGGACAGUUGGGAGGAGGAGGAGGGGGAGGAGGGGGGGUCAAAGGUGAUGGUGUCCUGAACUUGGAGUUUAUGAUAUAUGGGACUGUGCUUUAUACGUUGAGGGAGACAGGCAAAGAGGAGAAGAUGGACUGGGCGGCGCAUGGGAUAUUGGUUGGGAGGGAAUUGGAGGACGGAGAGGAGGAGAUGAAGAAGGAAGGUGGUGGUCAUGGUAGUUCUGAUGGCAAAGCAUCCGCAAGGGGAAAUACUUCGCCAUUUGUGUUUGGGAGGUAUAGAGUAUAUUUGUCUUCUAGCGUUGAGUAG